AGUGUUCUGCUAAAAAUGACGCUAGCGACACGGUGGCACCUACGGAAGAGAAGGAGAGGGGACUGAAAUGUACAUCUGGCAUUUAGUUGCACACUGUAUAAAGGACGUCUUAUACAUACAUUUACAUAUAUCGAGGGCCUUCAUGAAGAGCCCUAAGUUAUUAGCAUUAUUAUUAUGUCUGAGGGAGCAGCCCGGCGCUCGCUGUACACAUUCCGUCCAUUUAUUCCAUUCUGAAGCAGGAAUUCAGAUAGAAGACUUCAAAUAGAGAGAUAGAUUAGCUCAACCUGUCGAGGAUGUUUUCAUAAGACGUCGGCUUCUGUGAUUUUCACCCGGUCACAGAAGAUAGCUUUUUUUUUUGUAGAGAAACACUGUCAGGAUACGCCACACCAACGCAAUGUAUAAUACAGUUUGGACAAUGGAAAAAGCCGGUGAGGAAGCAGCUUGGAGGGACGUGAUGAUGCCCUACUCCACCGAGCUCAUCUUUUAUCUGGAAAUGGACCAACCGCCAGAGCUACAGUAGAGCUAAUGGACAGGGCCCCUCAAUGCAUUGGCACUUCCUCCAAAACCAGCAAAACCCCAGCAACCUUCCUUAGUUGGGGUGGGAGGUGCUAGCAGCAACGGCACCAAGGAUGGAGGAGUGGCAGGCUCACUGCAAGAGGCUGAAUGGUACUGGGGUGACAUAUCCAGGGAGGAGGUGAAUGACAAGCUCAGAGACAUGCAAGAUGGGACCUUCCUGGUUCGGGACGCUUCAACCAAGAUGCAAGGCGACUAUACACUUACGCUGAGGAAAGGAGGCAACAACAAGCUUAUAAAGAUCUACCACAGAGACGGAAAGUACGGAUUCUCAGACCCCCUUACAUUCAGCUCAGUGGUAGAGCUCAUCAGCCACUACAGACAUGAGUCUCUGGCUCAAUACAAUACGAAGCUGGAUGUCAAACUUAUGUACCCCAUCUCUCGGUUUCAGCAGGACCAACUGGUGAAGGAGGACAAUAUUGAUGCUGUGGGGAAGAAGUUGCAGGAAUACCACAAUCAAUACCAGGAGAAAAGCAAAGACUAUGACAGACUGUAUGAAGAAUACACCAAGACAUCACAGGAGAUCCAGAUGAAGCGUACGGCCAUCGAAGCUUUCAACGAGACGAUCAAGAUCUUUGAGGAGCAGUGCCACAUGCAGGAACGGUGCAGCAAGGACUACAUUGAGCGCUUCCAUCGUGAGGGUAAUGACAAGGAGAUUGAGCGGAUUAUGAUGAAUUAUGAAAAGCUCAAAUCACGUCUUGGCGAGAUUCAUGACAGCAAGGUGCGGCUGGAGCAGGACCUAAAGACGCAAGCGAUGGACAACCGUGAGACGGACAAAAAGAUGAACAGCCUGAAGCCUGAUCUCAUACAGCUUCGCAAGAUCAGGGAUCAGUAUCUAGUCUGGCUCAAUCACAAAGGAGUUCGCCAGAAACGAAUUAAUGACUGGCUGGGAAUCAAAAAUGAGAACACUGACCAAAGCUACUUUAUGAGUGAGGAGGAUGACAACUUGCCUCACUAUGAUGAGAAGAGCUGGUUCGUUGGGGAUCUAAACAGGACACAAGCAGAGGAGCUCCUCCUUGGAAAGCCUGACGGAGUGUUUCUAAUACGAGAAAGCAGCAAAAAGGGCUGCUAUGCCUGCUCCGUAGUUGUUGAAGGUGAGGUGAAGCACUGCGUCAUCUUCAGCACACCACGUGGCUUUGGCUUUGCUGAGCCCUACAACCUGUACAGCAGUCUGAAGGACCUUGUUCUUCACUAUCACCACACCUCCCUGGUGCAGCACAAUGACUCGCUCAAUGUGCGCCUCGCCUACCCAGUCCACGCACAGAUACCCUCAGGACGUAGAUGAACCGCAACCCACCAGUACUGGGAGAGUAAAGGAAGGCGGGGGGUGGGAUUGUUUAAAAUGCAAAACAACCCCAAACAUUGACAUGAUACAAGAUAGAUUUAAAUUUAACACUUGCUUCACACACGUCAGCCAGCUUGGAGUUAUAUAUUUUUACAUGAACAAUUUCAGAGGGCAUUCUUUCUAAAGACUGCUUGAUUUGCACAAGGAAGUUCUAAAUGUUUGUGAAUGUGAAAAGGAAGUGACCGCAGGAUGAAAGGAAAUGAAGUAGGAGACUUCAAAGUUUCAGGUUGACCCCGCUACUACCUAAAUCUUAGCUCAGACUUUUUACCAGAAACUCAAAACACCACAAGAAUGGUGAUGAAGACAAGAACAAAUCAUUCCCAUCUCAAAUCUUUUGGUUUGUUUCUGUCAUAUUCUUUUCUCAUUUUCACCUCAGAUAUUACAAUGUUUAUGUUUUGGAGUCAUUUUCAUGUUUCACACAUUUGCCUUUGUUUCUCUUAGACUUGCUUGUGGUAAUUACAAGAGGAGAUGACAAUGUCUUGUGUCUGUUUUUCGCCCGUCUCUGUACGUAAAUAUAAAAUAAUGUAGCAUUACGAGACAACACCUAAUGUUUAGGUGUUCUCUCAUGUAGACUGCUGCUUUGGGGCUUGAGGGGGUGUGGGAGUUGAAUGAGGGAGGGAGCACAUAAAUGACGCAAAGGUUGUGUAGUCUUAGGAACAGCAAAGGGGUUGCUUCGGUAACCCACUAACCAUGGAGUGUUUACAUUAUUUUUGCUUUUGCUGAAACAUAGUUUUGCUUUGUUUUUUUGCAUCUGUGCAUAUGGCAACAUCACAGAUCGAAACCAGAGACCAAAGUUGGUGGUGGGGGGUGGGGGGGACACACACAUGAAGGUAAUGUGCUUGUGCACCAAAUAGGCUUUUUUUGAAAACCAAAUGGUACAUAAACAAAACCACCAUGACUAUCUGUUAAUACAGAUGGUCAAUUAAGAAGCACUUAAAUGAGCUCCACUUGUUAACAGUUAAUGAACGGAAGAAUCAUUUGUCAGAAAAAUUUGGUUUUCUGAUGGGUGGUGGGUCAAAGCAGGCAUUUUGAUGAUUACACGUGAUUUGUAAAGUUUUGUGAAAUUUUUGCAAACCACUAACUAAUUAGAGAAAAGAAUCAUUUGGUGUAACUCUUGUCAGGAAGAAAAAGUAGGGCAGAAGGGGGCAUCUUUAAAAAUGUUCUUGAGAAAUAACAUGUAACCAAAAUGAUAAAAUGAUGUUCAACAGACUGCUGGCCACUCUGCUUCUCUGAGAUAGAUUUGGAUGAUAAGCUGCGGAAUUUCAGUUUGAUUGCUGAUAAUUUUCUCUUUUUAUUCAGUUGUUAACAUUUCUUACACAGUGCUUGACUUUAUAACCAGUGGAAGCAUUUUCUGUUUAAGACUUUGGAGCAUCACACAGUAAAAUAAUGAAUCCAAAAACUGAAAAGAACACCAUUUCUCUAUUGGCUGUUGGCGGGCAGGAGUAGGGGUUUAUGGCAAACAAAGGCAAAUGUUCAGUUAUCUCCCGAACUUCUAAAAAAUCAGAUACAGAGUGGUUUGCAUUGGUUUAUUAAAAAAAAACAAAAAUGAGACAAUGCUAGUUGUUGGGUCAAACAAAGCACCACCACCACUAUCCCAUCACCCGCCCUACCAGCCAUCGUCUGUGAUGUAUUGCCAAUUAGAUGAAUGGGCCACAAACAAUUGAUCAUGCCGACACUGUGAUAGAGCUUGAAGAAUGAAUUGUUAUGUUCUCAAUGAUUAUUCGCCAACUAUUUUGAUGAACUGUUCAUUGUUUUGAGUAAUUUUGCACGACAAAAUAGUCUAAAUAUGGUAAUUGCAACUUUAUAAAUGUGUUGUUUUUUAUAGUCUCUUUCCUCCUCAGUCAUGGUAUACUUAAUAUCUUUGGAUUUGGACACCUUCAAGGACGUCUUCUUGGGCUUUCACUUUUUUUUCCCUGAUAUUUAGAAAUGAAGUGAUCAAUUGAUUAAUAGAGGAAAUAAAUGACAGCCUGAUCAACAAUUAGAAUAGUUAGUUGCAGCACUACACUGUGGUUUGUUUAAAAGAGUGUCAGGUUUUAAGAAGACCUUCAUUGUUUGAGUAGCUGCAAAGGAAUCAUUGUAAGUGAAUGACAAAACGUUGGUUGUGCCAUGUGUUCAUCUAAAUCCAUCUCAAGGGUAUAGAUGAGAUGAGGUUUGUGUAGCUGAAAGCCAUUGAUUAUUAACUGUUUUCCUCCUCCGUCAUGCAAAUAUUCUUCAGUCGGUGUAACAAGACUGUAUUUACAGUCCACAAAAAUCAGUUGAAGCAUGCAGUACCGUCUGUGACUCUGUAGAUGUUUGUGCUGUUGAGGCUUCCAAUGCUGUUGUGAAUUUUGCAUAUUGUAGUUUUACAGCUACUCUCUAUGUUACAGAUUACACAUAGCAUUGACCCAAAGUUUCAGAGUAAAUUUGUUAGUAAGAUUUUAGCUUUUAGUUUUUUUUAGUUUUUUUUUUUUUUUGCAGAUAUCAAGUUCAGUGUUUCUGUCUAGUAUAUCACAUCAACACCUGUACACAAUCUAUUGUGGUUAUUGGUAAGAUCUUGGAAGAAUUAGCAGUUAUGCUGUUGUAGGUCAUCUGCAAAGCAUUUGCAGAUUUAACCUUUAUGUCAGACAUCCUUUAAAAUUAGCAUCUGAAUUGGGACUCAGCCUUUAAAAGUUCUGCAUCCUCUAUCUUACAUUGAGUUACAGGAAGUCUUUGUUUUUUGCGAAGGGCAGAAACACAGGUUUUAUCAAUGUAAUAUUGAAUGUUAAAAAAGGAUCACUACAGACACGCGAUAAUUGUAGCUCUCAAGGUGCUAUGAGAAAUGCAUGUUCAUUCAGUUCGUUUCAUUUCUCCAUAAAAAAAGUUGUGAUCAUUAACGCUCAGGUGUUUUUGAGUUUACCAUUUAAACUACCACACAACAUAGCCAGCAAUUUGAAACAAAAAAGGAAUUACAUCUGUUUUUUUUCUUGCAUUGAUACUUUAGUCAUUCCUAUUGAUUAAGCUAGAUCCCCAUGACUUGGACAUUUUUAGUGUGCUGACUUCAAGAGGCUUUGUCCUUCAUGACUUCUUAUAGUGUAGUCCCAGAAUUAUCAACAAGACAAUGUCUUUUUUUAAGCAGAGUUUUGUUUUUGGAUCAAAAAAUUCUCAAACUCUAUUACUUGAACUAUAUUGCAUUGCUCGCUGUUGAAUGUCUUUAUAUGAAAAUAUACAUUUAUUAAAGAAAACAACAAAAAACGAAGAGCUCACUGUUGUUUUAUGGUGAGCAGGGCCAAGGUUUUCAAAGUUUUAUGACAGAUGUACAGUACAGUAUUAGUUACAGGCAAAUGUAGAGCUACUUUAGGAGGGAAGUAGGUGCUUUUUGAAACUUUCUCAGAGAAAUGUUUGGAACUUCUCCACAGAGGGCUUAUCUUAAAUUGCACACAUUUAGCUGUGAUGUCUGCCUAUGCAUCUUAGGCACAUUCACAUGGAGAUGUCCAUAUCUAUCAUAUAUAUCUGCAUGUAUAAAGCUGAAAGGUUUGAAGGGUUCUUUUGAGUUAUAGUCUUUCAUUGAACGUUUUCACCCCCCAAAAGUAUUUUGGACCAAAGAUUUAAUUUUUUGUCUAUCUUUCAGUUGUUGAUCAGAAAAUGAUGUUUCAGUGGUGUUUUUUAAAUCUUCAUUGCCUUGAAAUUAGGAGAUAAAACCAUGUUGUAUAAAUGAGCAUCACAUAUAGAGGAUUCAUCUUUAAAAUCCUUGUUCAGUAUAUCCCAGUGGUAAAAUAUAUCAGAUUUAACUUGAUCCCAACUCUUCAGUUUGUGUGCCAGUGCCAUACAAUAUCUUCUGUUAAGGAUUUAUCAAUAAAAUGACCCUGAGUCCCAGCUUUGGUGCUAACACUACGUCAUAUACUUGCACAUGAUGACCAUUGCUAGAGUUCAGUGUAACUAUUCUUUUUCUCACUGAAAAAUGUCUUGCAGAAGUUUCAAACAUAAAAACAUACCUAGACUAGGUUUCCUUAAAUUGAUGAUGUAUUACACAUAUUUUAAAUGUAGUAUCCCGUGCACACAAGAAAAAAAGCCCCAAAAGCAAAGAGUAAAAAAUAAAAAAAAAACAUGAAUCUAUAAAUGUACUUUUACAGGACUUAAGGGGCUGGAGAGAAAUGAGAGAGAAAGAUAUUUUGUUUGAAAAAAAAAUAAGAUCAGCAAGGUUUGGGAUAGUCAAUAACUGUGCAGAAAAUGUGGAUAUAGUUUAUUGGAUUUUCAGGGCCACUGUGCAUUUUACAGCAGUUAGAGUUACACACGUGGACAAAAUUGUUGGUACCCCUCAGUUAAAGAAGGAAAAACCCACAAUUCUCACUGAAAUCACUUGAAACUCACAAAAGUAACAAUAAAUAAAAAUUUAUUGAAAAUUAAAUAAUCAAAAUCAGCCAUCACUUUUGAAUUGUUGAUUAACAUAAUUAUUUAAAAAAACAAACUAAUGAAAUAGGGCUGGACAAAAAUGAUGGUACCCAUAACUUAAUAUUUUGUUGCACAACCUUUUGAGGCAAUCACUGCAAUUAAACGAUUUCUGUAUUUGUCAAUGAGCGUUCUGCAGCUGUCAGGUAUUUUGGCCCACUCCUCAUGAGCAAACAGCUCCAGUUGUCUCAGGUUUGAUGGGUGUCUUCUCCAAAUGGCAUGUUUCAGCUCCUUCCACAUAUGUUCAAUGGGAUUCAGAUCUGGGCUCAUAGAAGGCCACUUUAGAAUAGUCCAACGCUUUUCUCUCAGCCAUUCUUGGGUGUUUUUGGCUGUGUGUUUUGGAUCGUUGUCCUGUUGGAAGACCCAUGACCUGCGACUGAGACCAAGCUUUCUGACACUAGGCAGCACAUUUCUCUCCAGAAUGCCUUGAUAGUCUUCAGAUUUCAUCGUACCUUGCACACUUUCAAGACACCCUGUGCCAGAUGCAGCAAAGCAGCCCUAAAACAUUACUGAGCCUCCUCCAUGUUUCACCGUAGGGACAGUGUUCUUUUCUUCGUAUGCUUGGUUUUUGAGUCUAUGAACAUAGAGUUGAUGUGCCUUACCAAAAAGCUCCAGUUUGGUCUCAUCUGUCCAAAGGACAUUCUCCCAGAAGCUUUGUGGCUUGUCAACAUGCAUUUUUGCAAAUUCCAGUCUGGCUUUUUUAUGAGUUUUUUUCAGCAGUGGUGUCCUCCUUGGUCGUCUCCCAUGAAGUCCACUUUGGCUCAAACAACGACGAAUGGUGCGAUCUGACACUGAUGUACCUUGGCCUUGGAGUUCACCUUUAAUUUCUUUGGAGGUUGCUCUGGGCUCUUUGGAUACAAUUCCAACGAUCCGUCUCUUCAAUUUGUCAUCAAUUUUCCUCUUGCGGCCACGUCCAGGGAGGUUGGCUACUGUCCCGUGGGUCUUGAACUUCUGAAUAAUAUGAGCCACUGUUGUCACAGGAACUUCAAGCUGUUUAGAGAUGGUCUUAUAGCCUUUACCUUUAAGAUGUUUGUCUAUAAUUUUUUUUCGGAUGUCCUGGGACAAUUCUCUCCUUCGCUUUCUGUUGUCCAUGUUCAGUGUGGUACACACCUUUUCACCAAACAGCAGGGUGACUACUUGUCUCCCUUUAAAUAGGCAGACUGACUGAUUAUGAGUUUGGAAACACCUGUGAUGUCAAUUAAAUGACACACCUGAGUUAAUCAUGUCACUCUGGUCAAAUAGUUUUCAAUCUUUUAUAGAGGUACCAUCAUUUUUGUCCAGGCCUGUUUCAUUAGUUUGUUUUUUUAAAUAAUUAUGUUAAUCAACAAUUCAAAAGUAAUGGCUGUUUUUGAUUAUUUAAUUUUUAAUAAAUUUUUAUUUAUUGUUACUUUUGUGAGUUUCAAGUGAUUUCAGUGAGAAUUGUGGGUUUUUCCUUCUUUAACUGAGGAGUACCAACAAUUUUGUCCACGUGUGUAAAUUUGACACCAAUUUGAUUAAUUAUCUGUCACUCCCUGUCAUCAUAUGAUUUGAUUUGAAUUAUGUAUAAUUAUGUGUAUAAAUCCCUGAUAUUAAGCCAUUUUUCAUUAAAUUUAAAUUUAACACAAGAAAUCUGAGAUUUCUACAGGGGUAUUUUAUGACUUACUCUGCCACAACACGUUUUGUCAGUCUGUGGUUUCGAUGGGAGGAUACUUUUUGGGGGGCAGGUCCAUUAAACCCACAGUGCAGUUGUUUCUGAAAGGGUGGGGUUUCCCUUGCAGCAGUUGAGUUGGGUUAAUGUGACAUACCAAAAAUCUUUCUACUGACUGUUUAGUUGAGUUUCAUUACAGACAACUCAAACUCAAAUAACACCAGGAAGCAAACUAAGAGUUGCCCCCCAUAAAAUAAAGUGAAAGUUUAAUUUGAACAAAGGUGCAGUCUCACUGAAAACCCUAGCUUUUGCUGUUGCUGUUUAUUACCUCCUCCAGGAGGUUAUGUAAUCAUCGGAGUUUGUUUGUCUGUUUGUCUGUUAACAGCAUUACUCAAAAAGUCAUGGACGGAUUUUCACCACAUUUUUACAGAAUGUCUGGAAGAGCAAAAGUAACAAUCGAUUAGAUUUUGGAGGUGAUCCGGAUCACCGUCUGGAUCCAGGAUUUUUUUGAAGGACUCUGUACAAUUGAGAGAUGGCCAAGUUAUGCUGUUAACAAACAGACAAACAGACAGACAGACAAACAGAUGGCCUGGCGGAGGUCUGCGCUCUCUGAGUGCUUUUCUAGUUCUGAAUGUUUAUACUUACCACCAUCCCAGGACUGUUAAAAUAGCAACUGUCUGUUGUUUCUCUUCUAUUAUUAUUACUACUACUUACUUUCAAGAAGUACUGCAAAGUUUUAUUUGCAGCCAGAUUUGUGAUUCUAACAGAAGUCGUGUUGUGUUCUUACCUCUGUUGAUCUGAUCACAGUAUCCAGCACAGCUUUCAAGGGUAUUUGAGGGUUUAUCUAUAUCUGUCUGUCUAUAUAUGUGUGUGUGUGUGUGUGUGUGUGUGUGUGUGUGUGUGUGUGUGUGUGCAUGUAUAUAUAUAUAUAUAUAUAUAUAUAUAUGUAUGUACACGUGUGUGUGUGUGUACACACACUUAAAUAUUUUAUUUUCAAUGUGUGUGUACCACCACCCUUAUUCCCUAUCCCUUUUUGACAUACAUACAGAUCCAGCAUGCAUGUUUGGUACUCUUGACUGUUGUUUUUUGUGUAUAAAAAAAGUAUUUAAAAAACAAUUGUUGUUUAUCUGUUCAUGGUUUACUCGGAUCUAAAUUCAAGAUAGCAAAUGUACCAUCACUCCAAACAACCAAAACAAGUUCUAGUCUUUUUUCUGUCAGUUGUAUCAUGCUAUAAAACCAUGGAAUACUGAGGAAGAGGAGCAGAAAUGUAUGCCUACUGUUGGCAGUAAGUUGUCUUGCAGCCACGUGCACAAAGCUUUUUAACUAUCCGCUCCCAGAUAGGACCAUUAAAUUAUUGUCUCUCGUUUACACCAGCCCAGAGUUCAAGUGAUGGCUUGCUUAUUAUUCAACAGCACGAAUUUCUGUUCACCUAAUUUAAUUCUGAUGUAAAAUUACUAUUCUCUAACAGAUUUAUUCAGAUAUUUGAUUAUUUGAAUUUGAUAGAAAUUUUUGGGUCGAUUGAUGUUGCAGUGGACACAACACACUGUUCAAAAUUUGAAAAACAAAAUUCAGACUGUAGCACUCUGAUUCACAUAUAUACAAAGAACCACUAUGACAAACACCUAUCCAGCUGUCAGACUGACAAAAACUAGUCUUUUUGUCAUUCAAGCUUGCUUCAGGUUCCUCUCGGUAUUCUCUCUUCGAAAUGGUUUCUCUGGUGGUUAAUCUAUCUCAGUACACAUUGCUUUGUCAAAUCAUUUGCAAUAGUUUGUUGAUUGUAGAUUCUUCUGUUUAUGAGGUUAAUCCAUGUACGUCUGUUUAUCAGUGAACGUUCACUAGAUCUUUUUGUCUUGCAGAAUAAAGACAAUAUUUUGUUCAAAUACAAAAA